AUGCCAAAAAUUGUGGAAUUGCGCCAAGAUCGCAGCUUAAUUCGAUCCAAUUUUGAUGGUUAUAAAUUAUCUUUGGACCCAGUACCACUGAUACGUCAAGAAUUGACGGCGGCCCCACUAAAAGCCACACCAAACGAUGACCAAUAUUCACUGCUGCAUGUUGAAUUAUUUUCGAUGCAAAAUUUAUUGGUUGUGGAUCCAUGGUCAAGAAAUGAUUCGUAUUUUAUAAAUAAUUUAGGCGAAGUAGUGCGGUGUUCGUAUGAUGAAAAUAGGGGUAGACCGAAUCCAAUGCAAGUGGUCUAUCGUAUCGGGGGUGGUGGUGAAACGAGUUCUGACGAACAAACGUCACAGCCCAUGUGGAAGCCUAAAGGUGAAUACAAUAACACCUUUCGUUUCAUCUCGGAAAAAUAUUGUGUACUCUGUGAUGGUGUAAAGUCGUUGUUCCUUCUUGAAACUGGAGAUCGUUUUAAGUCCCAAGAAUGGCAAAAAGUUGCCACGGCAACAAUUGAAGGACACGGAUUAGAUCCGGAUGAGAAAAAUUAUGUGAUAAAUGAUGCCCGCUUGGAUAUUGUACAAGAACAAAAGCAAAUUUCACUUGCCCUUGGUCAUGUUCAGAGAGUUGAAUCCCAAACACCGGAUGGUGGUUCCACCCACUUUAUGUAUUUACAUUGGGCAAAGUGGCACCUUAAAGAACAGAAAUGGACAUUUGAAAUUUUGGAUACAUUGGAGGGUAAAGGUUCUCUGUAUUACUGUGCCUUUGAACCACGCAGUGAAUCUUUAAUAUUGAGUUCAAAUCGCGAAUAUAAAUGGCGUUCCAAAAAAGCAAGUGAUGAGGCCGCCGUAGAUGCUACCAUUGAAAAUAAACCGCAACUGCAUGAUAAACCUGAAAAUGAAAUUUCCGGGUUUUCAUGGUCUCAAACGGAUGAGGAUAUUAUUGUGAAAUUUGAUGAUAAGCCGGGCGUUGGGAAAACAGAUUACAGCAUUAAAUGCAUGUCAAACAAAAUUACGGUUAAAUAUAAGGAAACCCCUAUUUUAGACUGUGAAUUGAGAGAGAAAAUUGAUCCGGACUUAACCACAUGGACCAUAGAAAACAACUUUCUGCAAGUGACUUUGGUUAAACAAGAUUCCGGUUUAUACUGGCCCUCGUUAUUGGCUAAUGAUUUGGGUCCCAAGGAAAACACCGACGGCAAACAACAAAACUGUCUACCAAUGGAACAGCAACCUAUUGCAAAUUUAGAAACCCCCAUUGAAGAUUGUGAUUUUCCCAUGGGCAUGGCUGAAGAGGAGAUAACAAUAGCACGUUAUAACAUGCCCAGCAAAGAUACAACACAUUCCGUUAUUAUGAGUUCAAGUCCACCAUUGUUCACGACAUCACUGCGACCCGGUUUCCCCCUAGCCAUUGCUACGCGACAAGAUGUUGACUGUUCACUGUGGCUACAACAAUUCAAUCCUACGAAACCGGAGGAAUGGUCUCUCCGACACGAAGGAAAUCUCCAUGCAUUUGCCUACGUGCAAGCCUCCAAACAACAAAAGAAAUUCAUUGAUUGUUCACCGGAUUUGGGAUAUGCCAUCAUUUCAGAAUCACAUCGGCAUGUUUUUCUAUAUAAAUCAAAAUAUGAUACUGCCAGUGGUUUGAGAAAUCGUAAUGGGCCUCAGGUUAGCAUUGGCAAACAACAUUUAAUAACUCUAGAAGAUGCCGGAGAAAUUUUGGGAUUGACAACGGCCAAUGCAGUGGCUACAUUGCUAACAGAAAAAUGUGUUUUAUUUGUGCAAAUUGAUAGUUAA